GUGAUAUUUUGGCUACCCCGUAAUUCGAUUCCAAAUGACUCGGUAUGUAAGCAGCUGUUUCAUUACUCUGGUCGUUCUGUUCCUUUGGCGGGUCGAAGACAUCGCAGACGCUUGCAGAUGCCUCCCUCAGCAUCCUCAACAGGCUUUUUGCAAUGCAGAAAUCGUGAUCAGGGCGAAGGUGGUUGGAAAGAGAGCGGUGUCUAACGCCAUCAAGUAUGACAUCGAACAGAUCAAGAUGUUCAAAGGUUGUGACCAGGUUAUCCACGCCAUCUUCACUUACACCACUUCGUGCAGCGUGACUCUAGAAAUCAACAAGGAGUAUCUCUUCACAGGCAAGCUGAAGACUGGAAGGAUGUCUAUAACACUGUGUGGCUAUAAUCCACCCUGGGAGGACUUGAGUGCUGCACAAAAGAACAGCUUGACUCACCGCUACCAAAGCGGCUGUGAUUGCAAGAUCAUCCACUGCACUUCCCUCCCCUGUCCAAUCAGCACCUCGGAUACAUGCCUGUGGACAUACUUGGGAACCGACAAUGGCCAAAACCUUGCCUGUAUCAAGAGGCAAGAUGGGUCCUGUGCCUGGUACAAGGGGAUAGGACUACCCAAGAAGUAGUUCCUGGAUAUUGGAGACUCCUAAACUCUACAGGCCAUCCACUCACUGCUCAGUGACUAAAGAUGCCUGCAAUUAAUACAUGAGUAAACACACCUACAAAUGCAA